AUGAGCCUUCUACCUGCGGAUGCCCGAUCGAUAAGCACGGAACACUCAAUAGAGUCGUCCCAGUCGGACAUUCUCUUCUUCCCCACCAGCUCGUCGGCUCGCAACUCUGCCGAUGUGGCCAUAGGCAAAGUCUCAUCCGACACAAUACGUGUCUCUACAAAGCCAUCAUCUCGUCUUCACAGUCAACACUCGUACCAGGAUCAAGAAGAUGCCCUCGAUGCAGAAUCACAACCCCUGACCAGCGCCGAAAGAAGCGGGCAGUCAAAUCCGUAUCGUGACGACGUCCCACCCUCCUCAGGGCAUCGCACACCCUCUAGCACCUUCGGUCACUCUCUCGAUCCAGGCGCCUAUUGGAGGCUGGCAGAGCAGGCGUCAACCAUCCCUUCCACGCGCUCCCUCGAGCGUCUGCAAGUUGGCACGCUGAAAGAGCGCCAAGAUGCAUACUGGAAAGCAGCCGUCAUCAACGUUCUCCUCAUUCUCAGCUGGUACACAUUCUCAACGCUCAUCUCAGUCUACAACAAGUGGAUGUUUUCAACCGACAAGAAAAACUUUUCCUUCCCACUCUUCGUGACGAGCUUCCACAUGCUGAUGCAAUUCAUCCUCAGCAGCUCUGCCAUGAAGCUCUUCCCGCAGCUCGUACCACGCCGACCCAACGGCACCACCUCUCGACCCUCUGGAAUCGAUUGGGCCUCCAAAGUCGUCCCCUGCGCUCUAGCCACGGCCCUCGAUAUCGGACUCUCCAACACGAGUCUCAAGACCAUCACAUUGACGUUUUACACCAUGUGUAAGAGCUCGAAUCUCGCCUUUGUGCUCUUCUUCGCCUUUCUCUUUGGACUCGAGGUGAUGCGCUGGAGCCUGAUAGGUAUUAUCUCGCUCAUCACAGUGGGUGUAGUGAUGAUGGUAGCAGCAGAAACCAAGUUCGUCCUCGUGGGAGCUAUUCAGGUGCUUUCCGCAUCAGCUUUGGGCGGUCUGAGAUGGGCAUUGACGCAGAUGCUGCUCGACAGAGACGAGAUGGGCAUGAACAAUCCCAUCGCCACCAUCUUUUGGCUUGCACCUAUCAUGGGCCUGUCGCUCAUCUCGCUUUCGGCCAUCUUUGAAUCGUGGCAUACCAUCUUUGCUGCCAAGUCCGCGUACUUUGAUACCCUGCCACAUGCGCUCAAGACGGUCGGAUUGAUUGCUGCUCCGGGUUUCCUGGCUUUUGGUAUGAACCUGGCCGAGUUUGCACUAAUCAAGCGGACCAGCGUGGUGACACUCAGUGUAGCGGGCAUCUUCAAGGAGGUUUUGACAAUCGCACUGGCGAGCAGCGUAUUCGGUGACGAGUUGACUCCGAUCAAUGUGACCGGCUUGUGCAUCACGAUACUGGGAAUCGCGUUGUACAACUUUCUCAAGUACCGUUUGAUCACACGAGGAGCCGACUCGGUCGGACAGGAAAUUUCAGGGCUCAAUGAGCUAGGUGAAAGCAUCCGCAGCCGUGCCAGCUCGAUCUUCCACGGCGGCGCUGGCCCAGGUAGUACAGGCGGAGCACGAGCACGAGCAAGUGCAGGUGCAGGUGCAGAUCGCGGCAACGGGUAUGAGCAUCUCGGUGGCAACAAUGCGGAGGACGAAGACAGUCUGCUGUUCGACGCUGAGCAAGAACGUGGCAAAGGCGUCAGACGCAAAAAUACCGGCGAGUCGGACGCAUUGGAACUCGACACUCAACGCGUCAGCCAGGAGAUCAUCUCGAAGCCUUAUGCACGACCUAUGACGGAGGAAGAAAAGGAACGCGAAAGGGAAAGGCUCAGAAAGAUCGAAGAGGAGGCGGAUCUCGAUGGUUGGGGAACCUCCGGCGAGAGGGUAACAGGUCAAGGGUUGGUGGAGGAACAUCAUCACGCGAGGUUUCGGUAG